CAUAAAGUUUGCAUAUCUGUGGUCGACAGCGGGUGUAGUAGUGUCGUGACUUUCAAUUCCUAUUUAUUGUAAAAGUUUUGUGUAUUAUUAACACUUAUAAACGCUUUUAUUAUAAAGUAACUGAUAAAACACACAUUAAAAUGCCUAAAUACUCAGUAAAAGUCAAAUGGGGCAAGGAGAUGUUUCCGGGCGUGGAGGUGAACACAGAUGACGACCCUGUCCUGUUUAAGGCCCAAAUAUUUGCCUUGACGGGGGUGCAGCCAGAGAGGCAGAAGGUUGUGUGCAAGGGGGUCACACUGCGGGAUGAGGAGUGGGGGAACUUUAAGUUAGUUAAUAAUGCCAUAGUUCUAGUGAUGGGCAGCAAGGAGGAGGAUGUGCCUGCAGCUCCGGUGGAACAGACCAAGUUUGUGGAGGACAUGAAUGAGUCGGAGCUGGCUACCGCUCUGGACCUCCCCGAGGGACUGAUAAACUUGGGCAACACUUGCUACAUGAAUGCCACCGUGCAGUGCCUCAAGACUGUUCCAGAACUGAGGAACGCACUGCUCAAUUAUAACAAAAACAGCGGCGGCGGCACGGCGGGCGAGCUGACGGCGGCGCUGUCCGACACCGUGGCGGCGCUGGAGGGCGGCGGCGCGGGCGCCUGCGCGAGCGCGGCGGCGCGCAUGCUGCGCGCGCUGCACAACACCGCGCCGCGCUUCGCCGAGCGGGCUCCCGGCGGACACCUGGCGCAGCAGGAUGCCUCCGAGUGCUGGACGGAGAUAGUGCGCGCGCUGCAGCAGCGCCUGCCGGUGUCUGCGCCGCCGCCGGUUAACGCCGACAGGGCAUCAGUCGUAGAGCAGUACUUCGGCGGCACUCUGGACGUGGAGCUAGUGUGCUCGGAGGCCGAGGAGACUCCCACCAAGGCGCGCGAGACGUUCCUGCAGCUGUCCUGCUUCAUCUCACAGGACGUCAAGUACCUGCAGUCAGGGCUGCGCUCUAAAAUGUCAGAGCAAAUCACAAAACUAUCAGAAACGCUGGGGAGAGAUGCGAUCUACACAAAAACGUCAAAAAUCAGCCGUCUCCCAGCAUACCUGACAGUGCAGUUCAUCCGCUUCUACUUCAAAGAGAAGGAGUCCAUCUACGCCAAGAUUCUCAAGGACGUCAAGUUUCCCGUCGAGCUGGAUGUGUACGAGCUGUGCACGCCGGAGCUGCAGGAGAGGCUCAUGCCGAUGAGGAAUAAGUUCAAGGAAUUAGAAGACGCGUCAGUGGAGUCAUCGUUACACGCGAAGAAUAAGAACCACGGCGACAGCAAAAAGGACUCCAAACCUAAAAAAGCAUUGCCAUAUUGGUUUGAAGAUGACGUAGGCAGCAACAACAGCGGGUACUACCGUCUCCAAGCCGUGUUGACGCACAAGGGCCGCUCGGCGACCAGCGGUCACUACGUGGCCUGGGUGCUACGCGGUAACACGUGGCUUCGCUGUGACGACGACGCGGUCACGCCCGUGUCCGAGGAGGAGGUGCUCAAGCUCAGCGGAGGAGGUGACUGGCACUGCGCCUACCUGCUCCUGUACGGGCCCAAGAUCUGCGAGAUCCCCGAGCCGCAGGACGAACCUAUGGUCACCGAGGUCACCGAGGACCCCCUGCCGCCCGGACCCACUGCGCAAGCGUAGACAGGACUGAAGGAGCGUGAAGGACACAUUGCUCCUUUCUGCUCUGGAUAGCUUAGGACAUGGGAGCUUUGAAUAUUCAUAAUCAGCCUAAAGCAGUUUACUGCUGUAUAGUCUUUCGAUUGGUAACUGGCCCCGAGCCGCUAAUCCUUUCCUUUGUCUAUUGUUAGGUAAAACGUGCCUCUACCUGUAAAAAAAGGGUCGUGUACUUAGUUCUCUACGGUUACUGAGUGCUGGCGAGUCGAACCAGUCAAAAAUGUGUCAUCCAGAUGCGUAACAAAGGUGCGCUAUCGGAGAGCGCACCUACACUGGUUUGUUGAGCGUUGGACUAGCCCGCGUUCAGGUGCCAAUUAGAAUAAUUAAGCUUUUUUGCAGGUAAGUAGCACGUGCGGUUUUACUUAACAAUAUACAGAGGAUUAGCAGUUCGGGGCCAGUUAUAAAUCUACAGACUAUACACAGACUUCUAAUGGUGCGUCGCAAUGCCUGUUCAGGAUUUGCUAACUGCUCACAAGAACUAGUGUUGGUUAAGACUCGAGUCCUUUUAGUUCUCUGCUUUAAGCCUUUUUAAGGAAAAGUGUCAUUCUAUAGAACUUGCUAACUAUGUAAACAAACCGCCAUAUUGAAACUGUCACUGAAUGAUGAUUUCAGUAUGGCGGUUUAUUUACAUAGUUAGAAAGUUCCAUAGAAUGACACUUUAGAGCGGCGGUCGGCAACCUGCGGCCCGCGGGUCGCAUGCGGCUCAUGAAACUGUCACUUGCGGCCUGCGAGCCUCUCUGGCUAUGUAAUAUUGAGAAACUACAAUGUCUGAUAAAGUCAUAAAUAUUAACAAAGUGCGGCCCGCGUCAACUUACUCAUCGUUAACUACGCUACUAAAACUACGCAAAAAAAGGUUGCCGACCGCUGCUUUAGAGGGAAUAUAUUUCCCACAUGAUUUUGAACUUUGUUUCAAAGUAACACUUUAAACUCGCGUUUUGUACACAUAACUAAUAAAUGAGCUAGUGCAACCUGGCUGAAACGUCGGAAAAAAGGUAAAAUAAUGAAAUUUAAUCGCGUUAGACCCGUUAAUGACAUUAAUUAUUUGUUUCAAACUGAUAGGGUUCAAUUUUGUAUAAAUUCUGACACCCUGAUACACACUGAUAUUUUUCAGUGACCUCUAUUAUUAUGAUAAAAUAAGGGUGACAGCUGGCAACUACAGAAGCCAAAUGCAUGUGAGUGGUUAUAGGGUUAAGAAUUGACUCAGUUUUUCAGACUCUUAUAAUUAAAUCGAAACUCGAAUUCCUUUUUAACUGUUACAGACCCGAGUCUUUUAUAGACUUGUGUCCUUUUCAGAUAACUUCAAUUUAUUUAUAAAAAAAUUAAAAUGCAGUUUCCUUCGUGUCUUUUCUUUACUGUUAUUUAGAUAAAAUGUAUAAAAUUGUUGACGGAGGCUGAACUGUUUUUGAGUUGCGCUUAAAAAAGAUUCAAGAAAGGACUCGACUCUGGACUUAAAAGACUGAGAAGUUUUUUAAACGUUAAGACUCGUGAAUAAGAGUUUAGUUUUUCAAAUUUAGACUGAAAAGACUCUGGUUCCUACCAACACUAACAUGAACUACGUAGUAAUAUGUGCAGUGCGCCAGUACCCUAUUUGCGGCGUGUUCGCUAGAAAAACUAGCGCAUACUCUCAACGCUCACAACCUAAAUCCUAUCUAGCGUAUGACCUGCCCAGUGUCCAAAACUUUGCCUGAGCUUACUCGUCAUUUCAAUGCUGUGAAGUGCGGGAAUGAAUUUGAAGCUCUUCAAAGAAGAAGGUACUUCUGACAUUAUCUGUAUUUUGUUGUAAGACUUGUAAGUAUACAACUUAAAAUUGGCUUCAGAAUUCUUAACUUUCGGAAAGAUACUUGACAUUUUUUUUUUCUAUUUUCUUUAAUCGAGUAUGACCCAUCUUCUGAUACUAUUUGGGACAACUUUGCUUUUCCCAAGUGACUGGUUUUGCGUGUAAAUUAUAUUCUCAAAAUCUGUUUAAAUUAUUGUCCGAAUUGGUUGACGUAUGAUAAAGAAUAUGCUUUCGUGUCCAAGUAAGAAAAUAAUACGUCAAGCAAUAACUCUUCAUCAUCGAAAAUUCUCUUCGCUCUCAUAUGUUAUACUAUGUAGGUAUUUAUUUGGCAUUUCUACCAUAAAAGAGUAAUAUCUGCUCUUUAUGUUGAUGUAUCCAUAAAAAGUCUGAUUUUGAAAAUGGAUUUUACCCGUAAUAUUAAUAUACAAACACUGAUAGUAACUAUACCAUUAUACUGAUGUAGCACAAAUUUGUAAUAACAUUUACUCUUCAUUAUGAAGUACUAAUGAAUUUACGUACCCAUACCUGCUAGGUGUCAAACUAUAGUAUAAGCUAGAAACUGACUGCCCACACAAAAUUAUACCUUAUUUUCAGAUAAUACGGUGUAAUAUUGUAGCUAAAACUGUAUGUUCAUCCAAAUGUUUAUCAUUGGACUUCAAAUAUAGUCGGGCCAACCAGCGGUGACAUAACUUAUGGUGCCGAACGCCCUGAAAAAGUGAUGCAAAUAUGUUUUCUAAUAUUAUCUCUGCUAUAUACAUAUAUCAAGUUACGGAUGUAGUGAACAAUCCUUUGCCACCGUAUUUUCUCGGAAACGUUCGUAUUUGUCAUGCUACUUCAGUCAACCUCAGUACUUUUUGUAGUGAAAGUGACUGAAAUAGCAUAACACGUUCGUGCGUUUCCGUGAAAAUACCAUGGUAUAGCAUUAUUCACUACAUCUAGUACUAUUAGCUAUACUACCGCGGUUGGUUGGUCGGAUUAUAUUUUAUAUAUAAAAAAAUUGAGUAAAUUACGUGGUACCAUGGGCCAACGGCACUAGUGAUCGUUAAUUUAUUGUAAAUGGCAUUUUGAAUGCGCUGUUAACUGCUUAAGGCAUUUUGUUUUUAUAGUUUCUCAAUAAAAUGUCGUCUGAUUUCUCUUUAUACAAUGUAGUUAACUAUUGAAUUUUAUAAGACUUAUAAAAUAAAUAUUGAUCGAGAAAUAUUUU